AUGUUAAUUUUGCUGCUGUUUUCUUCCGUGUUUUUCGUCGAAACUGCACAGAUUACAAAGGAUAAGGAUGCUGCGCUGUCGAACCAAUCGGCUACAUUCAAUCCGCUUAGCCCGCUGGUAAAAUGUUCGUUCCUACCGCUGGAAUUCAUGGACUGCGAUGAACCGAUCAAUCUUAAGGGGAACCGUACCGCCCGGGACGCGGGUGCUAAUGGGUGCGUAAAGUUUGGCGGUGUCUACUACGAUGAGGUGGAAGUGACGAAGGUUAACUGUAUCGUGUUUGAAAACAUCGAAUGUUACGGGGCGCGGGAGUUUUUGCGUGACGGAUUCCCGUGCGUGAAGUACACGGAUCACUACUUCGUUACGACGUUGCUGUACAGCAUACUGCUCGGAUUUCUCGGCAUGGAUCGAUUCUGUCUCGGUCAGACCGGAACGGCCGUUGGAAAGCUGCUGACGCUGGGUGGCGUUGGGAUCUGGUGGAUCGUGGACAUUGUGCUGUUGAUAACGAACAAUUUGCUACCCGAAGAUGGUAGCAACUGGAAUACGAAGGUGUGA